CGGGCGUUCGGUGUAUUGGGCUGCCCAGGUAUUGCGUGGACAGUGAAAGCCAUUCGGACAGCUUUAAUCAUUGCCUCUAACUAAAACCAACCCCGAACUCGCAUACAAAAAAUAUUUUAAAUUUGUCUGCUGUUGUUGGAUCAAUACAGCCUGACUUGUGGCGUAGGUCUACCGAGAUAUGCGCUUGGGAUUAUAAGGUGGCUGCUCGGGCUAUGUUUUGGGACCUGGUGUAAAGUUGAGCGACCACUUUAAUAACAUACGGUUGAGCGGAAGACUCCGAGUGUUGUACCAACGGGGAAAAGAUGGAGUACGGGUUUCUUCCUCUUACCUGAUGUUACAGGAAUGUAUGGAACAUACGACUGGACGUAUUUAAUGAGCGGAUAACACACCCCGACAAGGACAGCCAUGGAAUGUCAUUUUGUGGCAAUACUCCUGUUGGUCGUCUCCGUUUUUACAGAUGGCUCCGACACAAACAAGAGGUUCGACAUAGCAUUCCGUAACUUCCUAAAGGACCAUGGCUACAGAGGAGGGGCGGUUGCCGCCAUGAAACAGGGGCGUCUCAUCCACACCAAAGGGUACGGGGUGGACGAGGAAGGCCACCAGAUUGAAGAUACCACCCUGUUUCCGGCCUCCAGCGCAUCGAAGUCGAUCACUGCUGUUGCCAUCCUCACAUUAGUCCAGGACGGGACACUCGAUCUGAAAAGUAAAGUAUUUGGUCAUGCGGGUAUUCUUCACAUGUUGAAACCGCUGACAAAGAAUUCACCUGACCCCAGACUCCAUGACAUUACUGUAGAUCACCUUCUGCACCACAGUGCAGGGUGGGACCUGAAUAAAGGUCCCCUGUAUGACCCCAUGCUCAACGAGGUGUACAUCAAACGUGGCAAUGAUGUUCCUGACAUUAAGAAAAUCAUGGACUCUGAAAGCCCGGUGUCGUACUUCGACACGAUCCGCUACGUGAUGUCACAGAAACUGUACUUCACUCCAGGAACGCGGACGGUGUACUCGAAUCUUGGAUACACGAUUCUGGGUAGAAUAAUCGAAGAGGUUUCGGACACGAGUUACGAGGACUACGUCAAAAGACACGUGAUCAAACCCUGUGGCAUGUGGCACACGCGGAUUGGUCGUUGGGGUAAAAAUGGAGUCCUCAAACUAGACAACCAUUCGUCGAGGAUGUCGAACUCGCUCAGUCACCAGUUAGCCUUUUCAAUAUAUGAAGCACUGCAUCCUGACAUCAUAGACUCGACCUUAGGCUGGUACACGACUGUUUUCGAUAUGAUGAGAUUCAUUAAGUGCAUUAACCCGAAAAACGGAAGAGGUAUUCUUCUGGAGGAGUACAAGUGGCACUUGUCAUCGAGAGAACCCGCAGCACCCGUCCAGCACAGUGAAAACUGGUUCGGGGCAGGAUUCCGGGCCAACACUAAAGGUGUCCUCUGGCAAGAUGGCGACCCGCACGCGGACGAUAUGAUUCUGUUUCAUCACAGCGUCACUAGCGAGAUGCCGGAUUCUUGGAUUUUCUUCCUGAAAGGACGUGGUCUGAAACAUUUGAAGCACGCAUCCCACGAAUUGAUGGAGUUGAUGGAAACGGGAGGAAUAUACAACGACUUUAUUCGAGACAUGUCCGACAUGCAGCAGCUCGGACACGAUGGCGAAAACGUGAUGAUAAAAUUCGCAGUUGACGAGCACCAUCUGGACGCGUUCGUGAACGCGUUCAAACGGGAACACUACGACAUCCGUUGGAUCAGUGCUUACUCGUUAAAUCGCCACCGAACACACUUCACGAUCAUCGCAGAGGAAGUUAGCAGCUCCACCUCUAAAGACUUUGUCCUGGAGCAUGGACUGUCUGAAAAGAAAUUGUUCUCGCGGAAACUGGAGCUGGAGUCUGAUGGUUACAACAUGACGUUUCUGCAGAACUACAAGAGUGCGUCGCAUGACUUCACCUAUGUUUUCUUGGCGAUUUUCAGAAAACACGGGUACGCGCAGACCACCCAGAUGAAGUUUGGCAUCCACCACUACCCUCGGCCGUACGACAAGCUUCUGGGACUUUACACUGAAAAGGCGUUUUUCCCAACAGUCCAGAGUUACAUUAAACACAACUACGAAGGGAAGAUAUCGUUUAUAUUUGUCAAGGAGAUACGACCACAAAAGAUCCGCUUCAAGACGUAUCACGGACUCAGUGAAAAGAAGCUGGGAAAGGUGGUGAAAAUGAACGCUAGGUUUGGCCGGAAGCUGACCUACAUCGAUGCUUCGACUGCUGAGAAAACAUCGUCGUUUUCUGUCGUGUUUUCCACCGAGCAGCCUGCGGUUUGGCUUUUCAAAUUAGGUCUCACUAAAGAUGAAGUUACAAGACUGAUUCUCGACAAACAGGCGGACGGUCUGAUGCCAAACCGAAUUGUUGCGUACACAAAUAAGCAAAAACAGUUAAAGUUUGCUCUUUAUUUAGAGAAAAGGAAAAACUGAUAUGCUGAAUGCAGGAUAAUGAUUGAAAAAUACACUGAGAAAUAGUAUGACAGGAGUCUGUGUUUAUGGCCAGACUUCUUUUGUAGGGUAUCUCUUUUGACAAAAUGUUUAUGAUGUAUAUAAUGCUAUGUAUAUAAUACUAGCCAUUCCCUAUGAUCCCUGUCCUGCCUAAAUAUCGGACUAGAACCAACCUUACAUUAUUAGAUAAAACACACAAUUUCGACAUCAACACACCACGAAGCUGUGUACGUAUGUACAGUAAAUCAUUCAUUCCGUUUCUAUAUUUAAUAGCAAUAGUUUAAAAUAAUUAUUUUCAUCUUCACCAAUGCACCAUCGGUGGUCCCAUUGGGCUAUUUCUCGUUUAUGCCAGUGCACCACGACUGGUAUAUCAAAGGCCGUGGUAUGUGCUAUACUCCCUGUGGGAUGGUGCAUAUAAAUAAAUAAAAACUUGCUACUAAUAGAACAAUGUAUGACUGUAUCAAAAUGACCAUAUGUUUGAAAUCCAAUAGUCAAACUUUAACAAACUUCACCAAUGAUAUUUAUCUUACGACAUUAGAAUAAUAUAUAACUAAAUCCAACAAGCUACACAAACUAGUUUGAUUCCUCUGUUAUUCUUUUCAUGAGAAUCGUCAUGGGAAAUGACUUCCAUUCCUCACUCCCAAGUUGAAGCAUAUAAUAGUUAUUCGCGGGAGCAAACAGUUUCACCCUUUCGACUGUCUUGUCAAUACAGUAUGUUUAAUGGUGUUGUGGUUCAGAUGUCAAGUUUAGUGUUUUCGUUAGUAAUGUAACUUUGGCAACACCCAGAUAUUUCAUCAGGACGGGGCAAGACGAAAGUUGGGUUAAUGUAAUAUAUAUAUAUAUAUAUAUAUAUAUAUAUAUAUAUAUAUAUAUAUAUAUAUAUAUAUAUAUAUAUAUAUAUAUAUGCAAGCUCAUUAACAGGGGGAAUGUAAUUGGGUGCUUACGCAACACACACACACAGACACACACACACACACACACACACACACACACACACACUCACACACACACCAGUUUAUUUUACCAAAGGUCCACAUUUUGUACUAUAAAAUUUAGAUUUAGGUGGGGGUUUUUUUUUUGCCAUUGUCGGUCCCAUCACAAAGAAUUCGCACCCCCUCCCCCCAUUCUGCGUACGGGCCUGAUAUGUUUGUAUCUAUAUAUGUAUGUAUAUAUGUGUGUAUGUAUAUGGUGUCCAUAAAGAACAGUAAAGUAACCGCUCACCACAAUACAAAGUACUCGAGUCCAUUAGUGUGUGUAAAUAUAUUGUUGAGGUCUGUUGUUACAGCUUGUUGUUAGUCGCCCAUAACCUAAUGUGAUUAUUAACUUAUUCAAGAAUAUAACGCACGUCUACACGAGAGAACACGCUUUGCUAGUAGACCGCAUAAUUUAUGAAUAGAUGUUCAAAGCAUUCAGUGUCGAGCUCACACGAAAGCUUCCAAAUACACUUAUUUAAAUAG